UCUUCGCUUUGUAGUCAGUGUUUCUCGUGUUUUUUUAGAGUGAAUCCGAAAGUUGGAAACCAAAUAAAGAAAAAAUGAACAAAUUACUGAUCUUGGGAUUCCUUGUCAAUGCUGCAAUGGCGGUACCAACUUCGGAGGUUCUGCAAAACAGAGAGCUCGACUGUUUGGAGCAUGAGAAUGAAUUAUUUAGUUGUAUCUUCGUUAAAGCUGUCACCACAUUGGACAGAGCUGCUAGGUCCAAUGAUAUUCAACUGAUCGAUAGUGUGGUCUUCGUACGAGAUAAACCGAUGGAACGUACCGCGAAGAAUCUUAAGACUGAAUUAGAUGUGAUGAACGAACUACCAAAGGAUACUUCUGAUAGGGCUUUCAAACUCGUCAGCAUGCUCUUCGACUCGGCCAUGUCCUUUAUGAAGAGUCAUAGCUUGAAGAUCAGCAUGCCAGAAGAAUUCAGUUCUCGUGCACUAACCGAAGCUCGUGGCAAAAUCAAGAAAAUCAUCUUGCCUCUGAUUGUCGCAGUUGGCUUAAAAAUUUUCGCACUCGUUCCAAUCCUUUUUGGAGGUUUGGGUCUGCUCGCGUUAAAGGCAUAUUUUGUUGGUAAAAUAGCGCUCCUAUUGGCAGGCAUUCUCUUUUUCCAAAAAAUAUUUGGAAGUGGCAGUAUGGCUAGUAAUAUUUUUGGAAAGUCACCAUCACUUGGUGGCAAUUGGUAUGAGCCAUCUACUCAAGGCUGGCCUUCUGCUGGAGCUGGAGUUCAACAAGGAUAUUAUAGAAGGAGCUUGGACGACACUACUGGAAAAAUCGAUUCUCAUUCUCUUGCCUACUCAGCCUACGAACCCAUUACGAACGAAUCUCAAUAAACAACUUUCCAUUCAAUGAAUUUUCCAUUCGAGAAUAUUGUCGAGAGAUCGCUGGAGUAUGAUCAUAUACAUAUCUCUCAUGAUUUAAGUGGACCUCUUGUAGGUAAUCUCAUCCACCGAUAA